GUUGAACAUGAUGGGUGUUUUUAAAGAGGCCUUAUUUUAUACAUGUGUGGUAUUUUUUCUAGGAAGCAGUCUCAGCAGUGAGGGAUGUAGUAAUGAUUUAACUGGUUCAUCUGCUGCUGUAAGACUCUCAAAUGAUUUGUUUUGCUCUUAUGAUAGGAACGUAAGACCUGUGAUGAACCAAUCAUCUCAAACGUCUGUUGAUACCAAAUUUUACAUUUUCAAUGUGCAUAUGAACGAAAAAUGGGACAUUUUACAAAUGAGUAUUCAAUUAAUUAUGGAAUGGAAAGAUGAAUUUUUGGUUUGGGAUCCUUCAAAAUAUGACAAUAUUGAAAAGGUUUAUGAAGAAUCAGCCCAUGUUUGGAUACCCGAUAUUAUGUCAUAUGAUAUGUAA